GAAGAAGAAGAACUGCCGGGUACUUCAGUUGUCCGGGAAACCCGCCUCGUAACCGCUCUUAACCCGCCUUUGAACGCUUUUCUGCGGAUAGGCGCUUUUUCUAUGCGGAUACAUGUGUGAACCCGGGCGGAUUUAACUCAGCGAAACAUAUGAUAACCUUUGGGACACGAGAAAUAACAUAUAAAGUGUUUAACAUUAGCAUAAUAAGCGGUGUGUAGCCGCGGUUGAAGCUUAUAGUCAGGCGGACUUCAGCUGAAAUCCAACAUGAGCCAACAAGCUGCGGCUCUGCAGAACUACAACAAUGAACUGGUCAAGUGUAUGGAGGACCUGUGCUCCAAGCGGGAGGAGUUGAACCGUCAGAUCACGCAGGAGGAGGAGGAGAAGGAUCGUCUGCAGCACGACGUCCGCGUCCUCACAGAGAAGCUGAGCCGAAUCAACGAGAGCCUGGCUCACAGACUCGCCGCACGCGCCAACUUCGACCAGACCAUCGCAGAGACCCAGGCUGCGUACACCAAGAUCUUGGAGAGCUCCCACUCUCUCCUGAGCGUCCUGAAGCAGGAGACAGGAAACCUGAGUAAAGCCACAGAGCCUCGGAGGAAGGAUCACUAGUGGCCGGGAAAGGUCAACAAACUCUCUUUAGGACCACAACAGCAACACUUGACUCUGCACUUUUAACUUUAUACCCCUCUUUGGACCCUUCAUGAAACAUCAAAUUGAUUUAUUGUCGUACUUAUUCUAAUAAAUGUUUCUUAUCACUCC